UUCCAAUCCCCUCCAUAUCAUGUGAUUCAGGUGUUCCAAUCCCCUCCAAAUCAUGUGAUUCAGGUGUUCCAAUCCCCUCCAUGGACACAGGUGUAUACAAUCAAGCCCCUAGGCAUGCAGACUGCUUCUACAAACAUUGGUGAAAGAAUGGGUCGCUCUCAGGAGCUCAGUGACUCCAAGCGUGGUCCCGUGAUAGGUGGCCACCUGGGCAAUAAGUCCAUCCGUGACAUUUCCUGGCUACUAAAUAUUCCACGCUCAACUGUUAGUGGGAUUAUAACAAAGUGGAAGCAACUGGGAACAUCAGCCACUCAGCCACCAAGUGGUAGGCCACGUCACAUGACAGGAUGGGGUCAGCGCAUGCUGAAGCGCACAGUGCGCAGAAGUCGCCAACUGUCUGCAGAGUCAAUAGCUAAAGACCUCCAAACUUGGUGUGGCCUUCAGAUGAGCCCAACAACAGUGCGUAGAGAGCUUCAUGGAAUGGGUUUCCAUGGCCGAGCAGCUGCAUCCAAGCCUUCCAUCACCAAGUGCAAUGCAAAGCGUUGGAUGCCGUGGUGUAAAGCACAGCCACCACUGGACUCU